AUGGUCAAGAUGGUUAUAGAAGUAGGAAAUAUAACGGGGAUACCCAAUCAUCGGAUAGAAGAUUAUGAUAGCGAUAUAUCCAUGGAUGCGUUGGUGAAGAGGCUAGAUGAAUUCUAUAGGAAGUUCCAGUUAUACCCAAGAUAUGUAUUGGAAUGCACUAAUAAACCACUUUGUCGGGACAGCACUAUAGAGAGUCUUAAGGGAAUGGACGGAGUGACUAGAAUAAGUGCAUACGUAGGGGUUUUAGGAGGUAAAGGAGGAUUUGGAGCGAACUUAAGGGCCAACAAAAGCAGAUCAGGACGACAACCAAAGCGAGAGACUAAGGAUUCCAAAACGUAUUAUAAGGAUUUGAAAACAGGGGUUAAAACUAGGGACAUUGCUAAGUUGAAAAAGGCGUACGAUGCACUUAACGAACUGAAUGGACAAGCCGAGCAAGAUAAAGAAAAGUUUCAAGAGAAAAAGGAGAAGCUCCAGAAAGCGAUAGGGUAUUAUGAGAGUGUGUUGAACGGUAGUGUUGCGUCGCAGGAACGGUUUCGGGAUACGGAAUUCCUUGAUGAACUCGAUGACGUGAUGAUGGAGGUGAGAAAUAGUGUCAAUAGUGCAUUGAACCUGGAUACUGAGUCCGAUGAUUGGGAAAGCGAUUGGGAAUCAUCCGACGAGGAACAAGAUACGCCACAAGAGGGAGCAUCGAAAGACCAAGCGUCAGGUAAGACGAAGCAGGCAAACGCGAAAUCAAAGCCUAAAUUUGCAUCAUUUUUCGACGAAGAAAACGAAGAGUAG